UAUUCUUCGACUCUUACAGACUAGUCAGCAUCACCAGACGUCUAAAUUGUAAUUUGUUUCUCGAAUGUUUUUUAGUUUAAUUCUGUUCAAUGUUGUGGUAAACCAACUUGACGCUUCGCUGGUCUCUCCCGAAGCCAAGAAUUAUCAAGCGAGUUUCGGUUACAUACAUCCGAAACAAAAAAACUCUUCUAAUUCGUUCACUUCAGGGGAUACUAUCCGAAGAAAUGCCGUCAGCGAUUUCAAAUCCUUUGCAGGAUUGGAUCCAACAGGUAUUAUGCACAAAGAAAUAUUAACGCGGAUGACGAAACCUCGGUGCGAUCUUCCGGAUCGGAUCAUUCUGGAAGGUUCGUUCACUCGGCGGAAGCGCAACAUUGAUAUUAAAGGAAACCGUUGGACUAAAGAUGAAUUAACUUAUAGUAUUAGCAAAUACACGCCGGAUUUGGAAAAAUCCGUUGUAGAUCGAGAAAUCGCCAAAGCAUUUCAGCUAUGGGAAGAAGUAACUCCAUUGACCUUCACUUUUGUUGAGACAGGAAACGUUGACAUCGAAAUCCGUUUUCAGUAUGGCGGUCAUUCCGACAGUAAAGAUGAUCCACCCUUUGAGGGCCCGGGUGGCAUUUUGGGUUACGCUUUCUUUCCCAAAUCAGGUGACACGUAUUUCGAUGAAGCCGAAACAUGGACCACCAAUAGCAGCGGUACGAAUCUGUUCCAGGUGGCUACUCACGAAUUUGGCCACGCCCUUGGUCUGGAGCAUUCUGAAUCCAAAAUGGCUGUGAUGUAUUCAUUAUACGAUUACCGCCCUGAUUUCAAAUUGGAAACUGACGACAUCCACAAAAUCCAGGAACUUUAUGGCGCGAAAAACUGCGAUAAAUGGCUAAAAGAAAAAUUCAAACAAAUCUCAUCAGUUAUAGAGAAAAUGAAAAAUGAAUUUAAAGUAACGAAAACAGAGUUGGCGGAAGCGAAGGAUACCAUCGAGAAUUUGAAAACAACUUUAAACGCGAGAACGAGAGACAUAAAGAACAACGACGGUAAAAUGCCAACUUCCUGCGAAGACUUGGAAUUAAUGGGUCAGAAAAUUAACGGAAUAUUUUUAGUGAAGGGAACAAAGGCCACAAUCGAUUCCGUCUUUUGUGACUUUAAUCCGAACAGCAACAACGAUUUCCAAAAAUGGAUCGGUCACAUCGAGGUAAAAUCAGCGCCCGUCUAUUUCUACGUGCAACGGAACAGUCCGUUUUACGCAUUUAAAGAUGCAAUUCCGUUCGAUUUUGCUCGAGUCAACAUUGGAAAUGCCAUGGAUAUACAAACAGGAAUAUUCAUGGCACCGAAAUCUGGCACUUAUUUCUUCUCCUUCACGGGAUUGGCCGCUUUCCCAGAGUCCAAAAAGAUGCAGUUAGGGAUAGGACUUUACAAGAACGGUGAUCGUGUCGGAAGGGCCCUAGCAGAAGAGUCCAACACCGUCGACAAUCAGAAGUGUCCGCUGAGUCUCCAGUCGACGCUAAAAUUAGAGACGAAUGACGACAUUUGGUUGCAGAUUGAUGUGAAAUCGACACCAGAAGUGUCUCUAUUUGACGACGCAAGUUCGGGACGAGAUGACCAUUGGACUCAUUUUACCGGAUGGAUGUUACAAGAGGAAAUUCUUGAGUAACACUGAAUUUUUCGUGCCGUCUUGGCUGAACAAUACGUGCGAUUCAAUUAAUAUUAAUAACACACACUUAGUGAAUUUUUUCAAGAAGAGAGAACACUAAAUUACCAACUGAAUUAACAAAAAGGUACUAAAACCGAAUUCCUGAAUCUGAAAAAAAUAAGGCGAUUGCUGGUCGGAGAGAAAUGUAAGUCGAUUUAAUGCAAAUUUAAUAAAUCUAAAUUGUCGCAUU